AACAAGCCCUUGGAGUGGUCAUAGUUCCGCACUGUAAUAGAUUAAGGAGUAUAUACCUUGUAUCAUGGAUUUUUAAGUAGUUGAUAAAACUGAAGCGGUGAUCAUUUAGAUCCGCAGGAUUGUUAUUAAAUCAAUAAUUUUCUUGUAUUUGGGAUACAAUGUUACUAAAAUUAAGUAGCUAACAUUUCGGUGUCAUCAAAACGCCACCAGAGGAGGCGAAGAAAAUUGGGUUAAGGAAAACCCUUUUUUCGUGAGUGCUCGGAAACAAGUGGCGUCCUGCUUAGAGGAAAUGGAUGUCAAGUGACAUAAUUCUAGGCCUGCUUCGAUCGAAUUGGGUACUCCGAUGGGGUGGUGAUUUUAGUGUGUGUGCGAGUGUUCCUGCGUUCCGAUGCAGGGUGGAAAAGCGCUUCUGUUGUGAUGGGAAAAUCUAGUUUACGAAAAGUGAAAAAAUAAUAAACCAAAGCUGAUUUGUGAAAUUGGAUUAUUUUUCAAGAACGACAACGUGUUGCGAGCGGUGAGCUAUUGAAAACCUCCUGUUUGCAGCAUUCAUCACUUCGUUCGCCGGGGGAAUUGGCCACAGAACGACACAUUCGUAUGCAUAUGUAGGUGAUUAGUUGCCGGGACGAUUGCCAUCGGCCGCAAGCCUUAUCAAUAAUUCUCCCACACACCAAUCUGUGGGAUCGAUGCCAAAUUCAAUCCAACGCCGGUCUGCACGCUCGAGAGGGCGGCUGUUGGUCGAAAGGACCUAGACAAAAAGGUGUCUAUCAUCGAACGGAUCGAAGCAACCAGAAGGAAAAAAUCACUCAUUGUGUCACAUUUCAGCAAGCGCUGCUUUUUGCCAUUCCUCCUGAGCAGAUUGGAAACGAGUCAAUAUAUUGAGUGAGUCGGAAAUGAUACAUAAAUUCCGGUGAGCUGCUUUGUGUUUGGGAAGUGAAAAAGUCAUGAACGACAUCGACCGGCUGGAACGGGGUGGUACAGGCAGGAAAACUCGUGCCGUAUGUGACGAAGGUGUGGCUGGUAACAUCAGCAGCAGCAGCCACUAGUGUGAGGUGCUAGUUGUGUUGAUAGGAAGCGGUUAUUGCUGUUGUUAUUGUUGGUUGUGUUUACAUUUGUUUUAAUACCCCCGUGAGCCGGUAAGCAGCAGCGCAGCAUCUGCCGCAACGAUGCAUCUACAUUUUGAGAAAAGCACCAACACCAAGUGCGACUGCUCGAUCCUGUCGCUCUCCUGGAUGGGAAAGGUUCCUGACGAUAUCCCGGAGGAGGAAGGCUGGAAGUUGAAUCGCACCAACUACUAUCAGGAGGGCUGGCUGGCGACCGGCAACGUGCGAGGUAUAGUCGGAGUUACCUUCACCACGUCCCAUUGCAAAAAGAGUGUCGAUUACCCGCUGCGGACAAACUACAACCUGCGGGGACAUCGAUCCGACGUACGGGUAAUUCUGGUGAAAUGGAACGAGCCAUACCAGAAGCUAGCUAGCUGUGACAGCUCCGGUAUUAUCUUCGUCUGGAUCAAGUACGAGGGCCGAUGGAGUGUGGAACUGAUAAACGACAGAAACACGCCGGUAACGCAUUUUUCCUGGUCGCACGAUGGUCGUAUGGCACUAAUAUGCUACCAGGAUGGUUUCGUAUUGGUUGGCUCUGUUGCCGGUCAACGGUACUGGUCGUCGAUGCUCAAUCUGGACGCUACAAUCACUUGUGGCAUCUGGACACCCGAUGACCAGCAGGUCUAUUUCGGUACCACUCAGGGUCAGAUUAUUGUGAUGGAUGUGCACGGUGCUAUGGUGUCUCAGGUGCAGUUGUGCUCGGAGGUUGGCAUCACUGCGAUGGCAUGGUCCUGCGAAAAGUUCAAAAUGGAAGAAGGCGAAGACACUGAACCGGGCGUAACGAAUGCUUCCAAACGAUCUUUUGUGCUAGCGGUGAGUUUUCAGAACGGAUACAUCUACCUACUGAAGUCGUAUGAUGAUAUUUCGCCUUGUCAUAUUCAUACCGGAAUGAACGGAGCGUUGGGCAUCGUGAUGGAAUGGAGUAACUCAAGGGAAUUACUCGCAGUAGCUGGUAGUGAAAUCGUUCCCGCUUCGGACUUGGUCGAUGCGCACGGAACGCAAGUCUAUAAUAAUAUGUUGAAAUUUUACACUGAAUCAGGAACUCUGUUGUACUCAGCAAAGGUUCCUUGUAACACGACACCUGUAACGGCUCUGACUUGGGGUCAUAACGACAAACGAAUCUUCAUUGCUACCGGAACUCAAGUUCAUAUUGCAUGGGUUUCUCGACGGGUUGCCUCACUGCAACUGUUUUGUCGCUUGCAAGUGCAAGCGUCGCUAAGUUCAGAGGCGAUGUUACCAAAAUUACCACUUCCUGGACGAAUAAAGGCGUUAAUUGGCAAUUUGUUUGCACAAACAAUCAGAUGUUGUGUUCCGGAUCUGAAGUCGCUGCGAGAGUUCGUGUCUCGGCCUCCAAUUUGUUCCACCCGUCUUCACUGCACAAUGAUUCGACACGACGACGACGCCAACCAGAGUUCCGGCACCUGCUACACGCUCUAUCUCGAGUUUCUUGGUGGGCUGGUUCCGUUGCUAAAGGGUAAACGAACAUCCAAAAUUCGGCCAGAGUUUGUAAUUUUUGAUCCCCAGGUUGAUGAAAUAUCCAGUUUUUGUAUGUAUUCGUCCGAUUCGACGACCACCAGCACCACCAAGAGUUCAUCGGCGUCGAGUCACUCCACUACUGGUACCAAUGGACGCUCGGAAAGUUCGGAAAGCGACGUGGAUGAUGGUUGCCGUUCUCCAAGACUAUCCAGAAAACGAAAGGCUCGUACGAAAAAGCGUCAUCCAAGCAGUAGCGAUCGAUCACCGAACCAAAACUCCGACAGUGCGGAAACAAACGAAGACUUGGCAUACCUCGACACUCUACCUGAACAUGUUAAACUGGUGGAAGUCACAUCCAACAUCUGGGGUACGAAGUUUAAAAUCCACGGCCUGGCGAAGACUCUGCCGGCAAAUCUCGGCCAGGUUACGUACAAAACCUCGUUACUUCAUCUGCAGCCUCGUCAAAUGACGCUGGUAGUAACGGAACUGCGGGACGACUUUCCGACCGGACCCGAUCCGAGCUUCAACCCGAAUAUUUUCUCCGAAGAUGAAGAGGAACACAACCAAGCACAGGCUCCCUCCGGAGCGCGUAAGCUUGGCGAGGCUGCACCUCCGAUUGCUCCAAUGUCGCCACGACCGAACCGAUUUCCGUCGCGUCCUCGACGCCAAACUCCAUCUUCUUUGGCUUCCGCUUCAAAUUCACGUCCCACAUUGCCACAGCUUGGACCACUGGCCCGUGCCGAAUCCUACGAAGACGACACGGAUGGCGCCGAUUCCGGUGAGCCCUCCCGACCGGUGGCUACGCCUCCCCGCCAAGGGAUCAGCUAUUCUAGCUUAGUUAGCCAAUGCAGUAGACCUUCCUCGGCUUCUAGUAGUCAAUCUCGCGUUGCCAUCUCACCACUAUACUGUGAAGGUUCCGUUCCAACUCUCCAGUCGCCGAAAAAUGCUGUUGCACCAAGCGACAUUAUAUUCGACCGACCACCGGCCGGUCAGACAACUUUGAUGAGCUAUUCCAGUAACACCGAUUACGUAAAUAAUGUUGUUCAGGUGAAAAAUGCUUUGAUGUCUUCGGACCACAAUCGAGUGAACAACCAGUCGCAUGUUAAUCCGGUUCCGCUGAACCUCAAUCUCAAUCUCGAACGAAUGGAAGCCAAAGCUAGUACCAGUAGAGAUCUAACACAUUCCACUCCAAGCAGCAGCAAACAGGUAGUUUCUAGAAAGCAGAAUCUAAAGUUUAUUGACGAGGAAACACCAACCAACGCAAACACCCCGACAGUACCGGAACCAAGUACAAGCGGCGUCGCAACCAGUAGUAAUCCAAGCAGACCCGAGUCCGGUAUGAAGCGAACCCCAACUGUAGUUUCGAUGACACCGGUAGUGGCUAGCGGAAUCCCGGAAUCCAUCACGCGCAGCUGUAGUGUAGGCUAUCUAGACAAUAUAGAAAUAGUUCCCAGCGAUGCCGUAUUAUCGAUGAUGCGUAAAGAAACCCCCUACAAGCGGCUGGUUCUGGUGGAUAAAAAACGCCAAAAAAAGUACAAGAAAAAUUUUGACGACCUGAAGAAGGCUCGCCUGCGACAGGACUGCAAGUCUAAAAGUCUAGAUUCUUGUGAUAUCCUGCAGGACUCGCCAAAUCUAAACCGUGAUCUGAUCAAUCUUUUCCGACAGAUGCCCAAAGUGAACGAACUAUCAGAGAACGAGACUGAAUACUCAUCUUCCGAUCAGAUCGAGCGAAUGCGUCCUGCACUGGCCGGUGCUGCCACGAGCAGCUCCACCAAGCGUCGCCCUUCGGUGAAGUUUCCUGGGGUUACUGGAGCCGGCCAGCCGAUAUCUAGGACACCCAUCUUGAACCGCAAGGAAAAGCCAAAAAGUUGCGCCAUCUGCAAGGCGAUCUCACCGACGGUCAAUUCUACGGAAUCGGUGUGCGUCAAGUGUCGCAAAAGCGGCAAUGCUCAAUGUUCGUCGUCGGUUGUUGAUAGGGAAAACAAUAGCUUAGAGGAGCAGCAGAAUCACAUCUAUGUGGACAUAGUUAGCACGAAACCGCCGCAGGUUCCUCCGAAAUCGAAACGAUCCAUUCUGGAGCAGUACAUUAGUUCGGCUUACAGUAACAACGGGGACUUGGUGUUGAAGGAAGUUCCCAAUGGACCUGGUUGUAGUAAGAGCUUAUUCGAUAGGAAAAAUAACAAUGCUAGUAAUAGUAACAACAACAACAACAAUGGCAGCAGUAGCAACGGUGAGGGUAAUGGUACUUGUACUACGCCCAAGUCGAAAAUUCGGAAAAACUUCGAAAUCGUGACUAGUUUCACGGACAGUCCACUGUUCAGCCGGAGGCAUCGUUCGUUGAAUCGAAGCGAUUCCUCUAAGCUUCAGAGUGAAAACAGUACACCGGUUAUGGGCCGAAAAGCGGAUGCCAAAGAGAGCAGCAGCGAUAGCCGAAAAGGUCGUAAAAAGGAAGAAUCUCCACGGCGGCAUCGUCGAAACGAGAGCUGUCCCGGACCCAGCAGUGAGAACAAUAACGGCGAUGGGCCUCCAUUGCAGCCAGUCGAAAUCACUCCCGUCGAGCAGAAAGCAUCGGUUUCGCUGCACGCGCAAGCCCUCACCACUUUGGAAAACAUUAUCAGCAGGUUGAGGGAUUUGGACGAAGGCAGACUGACGCCACCUUCUUCGCCGGCAAGUCAACGAAUGCCGCGAAGCUCCCCGGCAUCACCAGCACCGAGCAAAAAGAACAAACGACACCAAAGUGCAUCGCCGAUUCGGCACAUCCUAAACUCGCCGUUGUUGAACCGUCGCCAGCGGAAAAAACAGCAAGCCGAUAUCAGUUCGGACGAUGAAAAUCAAACCCAAAACCAGACCGACGACAGCAGCGGAGGAAGCGCGAGUAACAAGCAGUACCGGGAUCUGGAAACGUUUCAGAAGGCGCAACUUAGGCAAAAGCUGAAACGGGUCAAAAUAGAACCGAACGGUGUUGCGAAUUCCUCGCUGCCGCCAGCUCCGGUCAGGCGGGAGUUUGUGAUGCACAACAAGGCACCGAUGUGGAAUGAAAACAGUCAGGUUUAUCAGCUGGAUUUUGGAGGCCGUGUAACGCAGGAGUCUGCCAAAAAUUUUCAGAUCGAGUUUCGUGGCAAGCAGGUGAUGCAGUUCGGUCGUAUCGAUGGAAAUGCAUACACACUCGAUUUCCAGUAUCCAUUUUCGGCCCUGCAAGCAUUUGCGGUGGCUUUGGCAAAUGUUACACAACGAUUGAAGUGAAAUUUGCUGCACUCAUCACGACAGUAGGUAAUAGUGGGACGGGCUUGGGGGAAACAAUAAAACUUAAUUAAAUCAUUGACAUAUCACAUGCAAAGUUUCUGUUACUAUGACAGUUGCAGCCAAGUGUCUGCCUGCGGAUGCAGAAGUGUUUGAAUGUUAAACGUUGUGUGCACAGCUUAAAGCGAGAAUCAGACCAUUUUUCGGUUUCAAUCAUAUAUCGCGGUUGUUUUUCAACGCCAUGCUUAACGCGUUCGUUUCGUCGUCGUGUCAAUAGGAACAUUAUUCAUGAUCAAAAAAAAAAAAUACAUGCGUAAUCAGCUUUCCACAUAUCAUCUCGUUAGUCGUUGAUGAUCAUCAGUCGAUAAUUGUCGUACAGUAGAUGUAAAAGUUCAUGCUACUAAAGUAGUACUAACGGUGAGAAAGCUAAUGUAACCGCAGUUUUGUGGGUGGUUACUGCAUAGUGAACAAAAUUUGAAUUUGUACAUAUUUAUCGAUUCGAGGCGCCAAAUUAAUUCGAAAGUGACACUUUGAAUUAGAUGAGUUAUCGUCCGCGAAGCAGUCGCAUUCAUCGUGCAACGGACAGCAGCCAGAAAACUCCUAUUCCUAUAUUGUAUAUCAAAAUAUCGAAAACUAUGUUUACUAGAAGUGCACUCAAUGCGAGCCUGUUUCAGUUGAAAGCUAUUUGUCUAGUCAAAUUAUAAUCUCCCCGCAAUAUUAACUAUUUCUAGUCAUUUUCAGCGGAUAUUUUUCUCACGCAAACGUUCCUCUAGCAAACUAAGCUUAUCUUGUUCCCGUUCUUUCCUAUUUUGCGUUACUCGUUACUAUGAUAUGUUAAUUAUUGAUUUUCGUCUGUCACAGUUUUGUGCCAUUUUUCGGAUAUCCCGCAAACUGAAAUGAAAAGAAAAAUGAUAGCCGACUUAGCAUAAGUUUUUAGCCAGUUAAUACUAACUAACGUUAUUAGGUAACUAAAGGAAAUAAGACAAAAAUCACACACACACAUAUGAUGAAAUCCAUCCAUCGUUGGAAACCUUAGGCAAAUGCAAACAAAAAUCACCAAACUAAGUAGCAAGAAAAAAACACAGUGCUAACGUCCGUUUUAACUAGGGGGAAAAGCCAACCGACAGUGGAUUUUUUUUUGUGUAAAACUGAACGCCCAGUGCGCUCUACGAAACAGCCAAAGCUCUCUUUUUGAUAGACGAUUGAAGACGACGAUCAAAUUUGUGUAAUUCUUUUUGUAAUGUACUGUUUUUUACUUAAAAAUGACGGCAUCAAAUGAUUGUGUGAUUCCGCGGCAAAGAGACGAACAUUAGUGUGUAAUCGAAGCAAAAAUCAAGCUAGGAUAACAACAACCAGCCGGCUAUAUAUUUUGCCAGGAUUCCUUGCUGAACUCUAGGGUACAGUCACAGUAUGUUUCUUUUUCUAUUUAUUACUUAAACGAAACAAUAAUACCAAAGGCUUUUUCGGCCGGCGAACGAACGUUCUUUUUGUACCAGUUGCCGCCGCGACCGUUUAUAUAUAGGUAAUUGAAGCGAGUAGUUGUUUUUUGUCGGCGCGCGUUUAUCGUUAUGCAGAUCAAGAGCGAAGCAUGCAAACUAACUUACCGGUGAGAUUAAUUUUAGGCUAUACGCAGCACUAAUAUAAUUACUAGAGAAAAAAAAGAUACAAAAAAAAACGCUACAUACGCGGGCGCAGAUCUAAAUCCAUGCUUUCGAGAAGAAGAAACAGGAAAUCCGGCCGCUAACUACAUACCUAUAUCCGCAAAGUAAUAGCUAUCCUUAUGCUGAAUUCUGUGUGUUCACAUCAGUCACGAAAU